AUGUCUGUCUUCACCAAGGAAGCUUUCCAGAUGUCGGCUAUGCCCUCGCCCGCGUCGAGCGCCGCCCCCUCUGCCGCUGUCUCCCGCCGUGGCUCCGUCGGUGAGCAGGGUGCCGAGCAGCAGCAGGUUCGCUCUUCUACCCCCGCCCUCGACAACGACAAGCCCAACGUUGUCACGAUCAACGUCGACUCUGUCCUCUUCGACAUGGACGGCACUCUGAUCAACUCGUCUCCCGCUGUCGUCAAGGCUUGGGAGCUUUUCGCUGAGAAGUACCCCCUCGACCUCGAGGACAUUCUCCAGUCUGCCCACGGCAUGCGCACCAUUGACGUUCUCCGCAAGUGGUGCAAGGUCCCCGACUCUGAGAUCGAGGCCGAGGUUGUCCGCUUCGAGACCGCCAUCCUCGAGAACGCCGAGGCCAUUGGUGCCGCCACCGGCAAGUCUGGUAUCGAGGUCCUCCCCGGUGUCGCCAAGCUCCUCAACGACCUGAGCGCCGACAAGGACACCCACCGCGACGGUGAGGAGAAGUGGGCCAUCUGCACUUCGUCCACCUACUUCUACGCCGGCAAGGCCAUCCCCAUCGCUGGCCUCGACACCCCCAACAUCUUCGUCACUGCCGACUCGGUCAAGCGCGGCAAGCCCUUCCCCGACCCCUACCUCCUCGGUGCCGAGGGCUGCAACGCCUCGCCCUUCGACUCGCUCGUCGUUGAGGACGCCCCGACGGGUAUCCGCGCCGGUAAGGCUGCCGGCUGCCGUGUCCUGGCCACCUGCACGUCGCACUCUGCCGAGGAGCUCGAGAAGGAGCGCCCCGACUUCCUCGUCGAGGACCUUUCUCACGUCCAGGCGUCGUGGGACCCUGAGACGCAGUCGUUCAAGCUCGUCAUCGACCAGCCCGCUGGCCGCGCCGAGCCCCGCGCCACCCCCGACUCGACUCCCCUCGUCACGCCUGCUGGCUCGCGUGCUCAGUCCUUCUCGGGCGACCGCCAGCGCAUCGCCCGCAGCCUCCUCCCCACCGGCGAGCUGACCGGCAACGACUCGGUCGUCGGCUCGCCCAUCAACUCGCGCCCCGGCUCCCCAAACGCGCUUGAGGAGAAGCGCCGCGGGUCCGCCGCCGACGCCAACGGCGUCACGCUCGAGGCCUUCAAGCGCGCCCUCGCCGGCAAGCAGAACCGCGAGCUCGCCCAGGAGGAGUAA